AUGGUUCGCAAAGAUCCCAUAUUCGAAGCUCGCACAAAUGUCAAGCUCCACUCAAACCGGCUCAAGAAAGAAGCCGCCCGCGCCGAAGCGACCUACAAAUCUGAAAAAGCCAAAGCGGACAAAGCGAUGAAAAACCGCGAAUUCCAAAUCGCCCGCAUCCACGCCGGGUCCGCCGUCCGAGAAAAGCGACGCCAAGUGACCCUUAAAUCCGAAGCGGCGCGCGCCGACGUAAUAAUCAACGAGCUAAAAGCCGCACAAAGCACACGGGAUACAUCACGAACACUAGCGCUUGCGUCUCGGGGAUUGGACGCUGCCUCGAAGAGCGUGAAUCUGGAACACCUAGUAGCGCAUGCGAAUAACUUCCUUGCGCGAUCGGAGGAUUUCAAGAUUGCUAGUAGUGCGAUUGAGGAUGUUGCGCAGGGUGUUUCGAUGCAGGAGUAUGGGGCUGAGGGGGAGUCGGAGGUUGACCGGAUGAUGGAGCAGUUGGCUGAUGAUGCGGGUGUUGAUAUGCGCAUGGCCUUGGAGGCGGAUAAGGCUCCUGAAGCGGAGGUUAAGGAGCCGCAGCAGGGUGUUAAGGUGGAUGCGGAUGUAGAGGAUGGGUUGAGUGCUAGGUUACAGGCUUUGAGGGCUAUUAACUAA